AUGACGGACUCGAGGAACCAAAAGGCUGGCGCGAUCGACCGCAAGCGCUCCAGCAGCGACCGCGAAACUGAUUCACCAGUCAAGCGAAUCAAGACCGAGCCACGUGGUGAUGAGCAGCCCAAGUACAACCCGUACCUUGCGCACUGGGAUGAGGGAAUCGACAACAAGGACGGCAUCGUCUCCGAGGGUGAUCCGUUGAAGAAUUUCAAGCGUCGCGAGUCCACCGCGAAGCAGGCUUUCGAGGCUGAGAGUGGUGACAAUAACCCUUUUACGGGUCAGCCCCAUUCGCAACAGUACUUCGGUAUCCUGAAGUCGCGGCGCAACCUGCCCGUUCACAAGCAGAGACAAGAGUUCCUCGACCUAUACCAAAAGGCGCAGAUCCUCGUCUUCGUCGGUGAGACAGGUUCGGGUAAAACCACCCAGAUUCCUCAAUAUGUCGUAUACGAUGAGCUCCCGCAUCUCAACCACAAGAUGGUCGCCUGUACCCAACCCCGACGAGUGGCUGCCAUGUCGGUCGCCCAGCGUGUGGCCAACGAACUCGACGUCAAUCUGGGCGAGGAGGUCGGUUACAGUAUUCGAUUCGAAGACAAAACCGGUCCAAAGACGAUGCUGAAGUACAUGACCGAUGGUAUGCUGUUGAGAGAGGCCAUGCACGACAACAACAUGUCUCGAUACAGCUGCAUCAUUCUGGAUGAAGCCCACGAGCGUACCUUGGCCACCGAUAUCCUUAUGGCCCUGCUCAAGCAGAUCACUCAGCGCCGGCCGGACCUGAAGCUCAUCGUCAUGUCCGCCACUCUGGAUGCCGAGAAGUUCCAGCGCUACUUCUUCGAUGCCCCUCUUCUCGCGGUUCCCGGUCGUACAUUCCCUGUCGAAAUUUACUACACCCCGGAGCCGGAGAAGGACUACGUCGAAGGCGCGAUACGGACUGUUCUGCAAAUACACGCCGGCGAAUCCGAGGGCGAUAUUCUACUCUUCUUGACCGGAGAGGAGGAGAUCGAGGAUACAUGCCGAAAAAUCUCUCUCGAGGUUGAUGAGCUCAUCAGAGAAACCGAUGCUGGUCCAAUGACCGUCUACCCCCUGUACGGAACACUGCCGCCCCAUCAGCAGCAAAGAAUCUUCGAUCCUGCACCCAACCCCUUGAGAAAAGGUGGAAAGCCCGGUCGCAAAUGUAUUGUGUCCACAAACAUUGCCGAGACCAGUUUGACGAUUGACGGCAUCGUCUAUGUGGUCGACCCUGGUUUCAGUAAGCAGAAGAUCUACAACCCCCGGCUGCGAGUCGAGUCCCUGCUCGUUUCGGCUAUAUCCAAGGCUUCAGCACAGCAGCGAGCCGGUCGAGCCGGCCGAACAAAGCCGGGAAAGGCCUUCCGGUUGUAUACGGAGAAGGCCUUCAAGGAAGAGUUGAUCGAGCAAACGUAUCCCGAGAUUCUGCGCUCCAACCUUGCGAACACAGUGUUGGAGCUGAAGAAGCUCGGGGUGGAGGAUCUUGUCCAUUUCGACCUCAUGGACCCUCCUGCCCCCGAGACCAUGAUGCGUGCGCUCGAGGAGCUGAAUUACUUGGCCUGUCUGGACGACGAAGGAGAGCUGACUCCUCUGGGCGCUAUGGCGUCGGCAUUCCCUCUCGACCCUUCGUUGGCUGUCAUGCUCAUAUCGAGUCCGGAGUUCUACUGCUCUAACGAGAUGCUGUCCAUCACUGCCCUCCUGUCGGUCCCGCAGCUAUUCGUACGCCCUGCGCAGAAGAGACGGGAAGCCGACGAGAUGAAGAAUCUCUUCCAGCAUCCCGAAGGCGAUCAUCUCACCAUGUUGAACGUCUACCAUGCCUUCAAGGGCAUCGUAAACCAGGGACAAGACGCAAAGAAGUGGUGCCACGAGCAUUAUCUCUCGUUCCGACAUCUGUCAAGUGCUGACAAUGUACGGGCACAGCUCAAGCGCAUCAUGGAGACCAACGGGUUGGAUCUCGUCAGCACCGACUUCAACGACAAGAAUUACUACAACAACAUCCGUCGCGCGCUUGUCACGGGCUUCUUCAUGCAAGUAGCCAAGCGCGAGAACAACAAGAUCUACCGCACCUUGAAAGACAACAACCAGGCGGUGAUGCUUCACCCGAGCACGGUCCUCAAGGCGGACUACGACUGGGUCGUCUACAACGAGUUUGUGCUGACAUCCAAGCAAUACAUCCGAACGGUGACUCGAAUUUCACCGGAAUGGCUCUUGGAACUCGCACCCGUCUACUACGAUCUCGACAGUUGGGAGGGACAGAAGGAUGUGAAGCUGGCACUGAAGGCCGUGGCCGACAAAAUGAGACGCCGUGCUGCCAUGAAAGGAGGCCGCUGA